AUGGCACCUCUGACAGGAGCUGAAGUCGCCAAGCACAACAGACCAGAUGAUUGCUGGGUCAUUGUCCACGGAAAAGCAUACGAUGUCACAGAGUUUCUUCCAGAACACCCCGGCGGCGCCAAGAUCAUCCUCAAAUAUGCUGGCAAAGAUGCCACCGAAGAGUUCGACCCUAUCCAUCCGCCCGACACGCUCGAGAAGUACCUGCCCAAGUCGAAGCACAUGGGCCCGGUUGACAUGUCAACGGUGACAAAAGAGACGGUCGAGGUGUCGGCUGAGGAAAAAGAGCGCCAGAAGCGCAUCCAGGAGAUGCCGCUGCUUGAGCAGUGCUACAACCUCCACGACUUUGAGGCCGUCGCCAAACGUGUCAUGAAGAAGACGGCGUGGGGAUACUACUCCAGUGCUGCGGAUGACGAGAUUACAUUGCGCGAAAACCACACAGCCUUCCAGCGUAUCUGGUUCCGUCCGCGGAUUCUUAUCAACGUGGAGAAGGUCGACUUCUCUACUACGAUGCUCGGCACACCCGUCUCGAUCCCCUUCUAUGUUACCGCCACCGCCCUGGGCAAGCUUGGCCACCCGGAGGGCGAGGUCGUGCUUACAAAGGCGGCACACAAGCAUAACGUGAUUCAGAUGAUCCCAACACUGGCUUCAUGCUCCUUUGACGAGAUCAUGGACGCUGCUGGCCCCGGCCAGGUCCAGUGGUUCCAGUUGUACGUCAACAAGGACCGGGAGAUCACGAAGCGCAUCGUGCAGCACGCCGAGGCCCGCGGCUGCAAGGGUCUGUUCAUUACGGUCGAUGCACCCCAACUCGGCCGCCGCGAGAAGGAUAUGCGCAUGAAGUUCACUGAGGAGGGUAGCAAUGUGCAGAAAGGCCAGGCCACAGAUACCAGCCAGGGAGCGGCUCGCGCCAUCAGCUCCUUCAUCGACCCAUCGCUCUCGUGGGCUGACAUUCCGUGGUUUCAGUCGAUUACUAAGAUGCCCAUCGUGCUCAAGGGCGUGCAGCGCGUCGAAGACGUCCUCAAGGCCAUUGAGUAUGGUGUGCAUGGUGUUGUGCUCUCGAAUCAUGGCGGUCGCCAGCUCGACUUCUCUCGAUCUGCCAUUGAGGUGCUGGCCGAGACCAUGCCUAUCCUUCGCGAGCGCGGUCUCGAGAAUAAGAUCGAGAUUUACAUCGACGGCGGCGUUCGCCGUGCCACCGACAUCCUCAAGGCGCUCUGCCUGGGUGCCCGUGGUGUCGGCAUCGGCCGGCCCUUCCUGUACGCCAUGUCGUCGUAUGGUCUAGCGGGUGUCGAUCGUGCUAUGCAGCUGCUGAAGGACGAAAUGGAGAUGAACAUGCGUCUCAUUGGCGCCAACAGCAUUGCUGACCUCAACCCCAGCAUGGUCGAUAUCAGGGGCCUGUUCAGCCACAGCUCUCCGCCGGUUGACAACCUGUUCAAUUCGGCGUACGACCCGCUGGUGAACCCGUCGCAGCGGACAAUUAACGUUGAGAAGGCGAAGCUCUAG